UCAGCACCUCUGGGGCCAGUGGCUGGCUCUCCGUGCAGCCCUCAGGUGUUGCACCAAGGUCUGUGGUUGCACCACAUCUCUGCACUGCGGCUGCUACUUUGCAUGCCCCCGGCAUGGGCAGUGACAUUGCUUCCCCCCUGCAAACACCUCAGCAACUGGUAAUGAGCAGAGCUCCCCAGCAUCAGUGUGACACUGGGGGGGGGGCAUGAGGUCCCGCGCGUGCUUUGCUGCAGGCUUUCUCCCUGGCGUGCUAAAAGUGCAGCUCCGCGUCUUACAAGCGUGCAUUUAGCCUGAAAUGUGGUUGUUUAAUUGGGCUUCGAACCAUUUGCCACUCCAAGGAGCAAUCUGCACGCCUGCAUUGCCAUGCACAGCGAGCCCUGAGCACGCUGUGUGCCGGGCUGAAGGCAGGCAGAGACCCUGGGAGCGUGGAGCCGUGGGUGCUGAUGCUGCAGGUGGGAGCGCGGAGGUGUCACUGCCAUCGCUCCCAUGAGGAACACCCCCGCAGGGAUGCUCACGGUGCAGUGAGGAUCAAAGCAUCAUCCCGGCCGUGAUCCGAGCCGGUGUCAGGCUGACUAGCGCUCGCUGGCUUUGCUGGGAUUUUCCCAUGCAUAGUUUCCCACCCGGAGUUCUACCCUGUGCCUCCGCCCGGCUUUUCCCAGGCUCAGCGUCCUGGUGUGUGGCUGCACGGGUACUCCCAGCCGUCACAACACCCCGCGGCGGGGCACAGGCAGCGUGCGGGGCUGGAGGCGGCGUGCGUAUCCCGCUGGAGGGAUGAGGGCUGUUUCUGCAUUACAGCCCUGAAAAGCUACAGUCGGAGAGAGAGAGAGAGGGAGCUGUAAACAGCUCGGGCGGAUUUACUGAGUCGGCAAUCCCGCAGCACACAGCUCGGCUCAGCCCCGAUGCUGCGCUCGCUGCCUGCGCGCUUGGGGAGCUCACAGGGCUGCGGGGACUGCUCUGCUCGGGGGGCUGCAGCUCUGCACCCGGGUUGGGGGCUCUUCUGGGGGUCGUACUGCCCAUGACCCCCUCCCCAGGCAGCCUCUGAGCCCCCCCCCCAGGCAGCCCCCUGCCAUGGCAUCGCGGUGGGGAUGCAGCCAGGCAGCCCGCACCGAGUAGUCCUGGGGGAUCCGAACCUGCUGGCGAUGGAGCUGGACAAGGGGGACGUGGCCGCGCUCGGCCUGCCCUCCGCCACCGGCCACGGUGACGCCGACGGCCCCAUCUGCCUGGACGUCCCCGAUGGCACUCCCGACCCCCACAGGACCAAGGCGGCCAUCGAGCACCUGCACCAGAAGAUCCUCAAGAUCACCGAGCAGAUCAAGAUCGAGCAGGAAGCUCGCGAUGACAACGUGGCCGAGUACCUGAAGCUGGCCAACAACGCGGACAAGCAGCAGGCCUCGCGCAUCAAGCAGGUCUUCGAGAAGAAGAACCAGAAAUCGGCGCAGACCAUCGCUCAGCUGCACAAGAAGCUCGAGCACUACCACAAGAAGCUGAAGGAGAUCGAGCAGAACGGCCCAUCCCGACAACCCAAAGAUGUCUUCCGGGACAUGCACCAAGGCCUCAAGGACGUGGGGGCCAACGUCCGCUCCAGCAUCAGCGGAUUUGGCGGCGGCGUGGUGGAGGGCGUCAAAGGAGGGCUCUCGGGCCUGUCCCAAGCCACCCACACCGCCGUGGUGUCCAAGCCUCGGGAAUUCGCCAGCUUGAUCCGGAAUAAAUUCGGCAGCGCAGACAACAUCGCCCACCUGAAGGACACGUUGGAUGACGGGCACCCCGAGGAGGCCUCGCGGGCGCUCAGCGGUAGUGCCACGUUGGUCUCCAGCCCCAAGUACGGCAGCGAUGAUGAAUGCUCCAGUGCCACCUCGGGGUCGGCCGGUGGUAGCAACUCCGGGGCCGGGCCCGGUGGGUUGGGAAGCCCCAAGUCCAACACGCUGGAGGGUCACCACAGCAACUUCGACACCAUCCUGGAGGAGCUGCGGGAGAUCAAGGACAGCCAGUCGCACCUGGAGGACUCCAUGGAGGACCUGAAGGCGCAGCUGCAGCGGGAUUACACCUACAUGACGCAGUGUUUGCAAGAGGAGCGCUACAGGUACGAGCGCCUGGAGGAGCAGCUGAACGACCUCACCGAGCUGCACCAGAACGAAAUGACCAACCUGAAGCAGGAGCUGGCGAGCAUGGAGGAGAAGGUGGCCUACCAGUCCUAUGAGAGGGCACGGGACAUCCAGGAAGCAGUGGAGUCCUGCCUGACGCGGGUGACCAAGCUGGAGCUGCAGCAGCAGCAGCAGCAAGUGGUGCAGCUGGAAGGAGUGGAGAACGCCAACGCCCGGGCGCUGCUGGGCAAAUUCAUCAACGUCAUCCUGGCCCUGAUGGCCGUGCUGCUCGUCUUCGUCUCCACCAUCGCCAACUUCAUCACUCCGCUUAUGAAGACCCGCAUGCGCAUCCUCAGCACCGCCCUGCUCGUCCUCUUCCUCUUCUUCCUCUGGAAACACUGGGACUCCAUCACCUACUUCCUGGAGCACGUCCUGCUCCCCAGCUGAUCCGCAGCUCCGGGGUUUUCCAUUUCCCAUGGAGGAGAGGGCGGGAGGGGACGGCGCUCCGGAGCCGUCAGGUCAUUUCUUUGCGCACUCUUCAGUUGCUUUCCCGGCUCUCAGCCAGCUGCGGUCGCUCGGAGCAAGGUGAAGUCGGUCCUCUGGGAUGCUCAGGGUGUGGGGGGAGUUUGGGAAGAAAUGGGUAAUUUAAGCGGCAUUGGGUUUUUCUAGGGGGGUUUUGGCUGGAUUUUUUUUUUAACGUUGCUGUGUUCUGAAGGUCAGUGGGAAGGUCGCCUGCAAGCGCCCACCUUGGGGCUGUUGGUAGGGAGGAUUGAGCCGGAGCAAACCCAGCUCCGGGAGAACUUUCUGUGCAGAGAGCAGAGGGGUUAUUGGGGCUGGCUUUUCCCUUUCAACCCGAAAGACGACAAAAAGACGGAGCCGAAGCAAAGCACGUGGCAAAGGAGGAAGCAAGUCCAAGGCAAAUGUCGCUGCUCCCGGCGAGCUCGCAGCAGGACACGCAUCUCACCAGCUUCUGCCAACCCCACCACCACCACCAGGACCAGGGCAGAGCGGGACUGCAAUACUGUCCCAAGACCCCAGGGACCCGAUGCCGGAGACAGCAUCAGCGCCGGCACGAGCGAGAACCCCCUCUGCUGGUUUCCCUUUAUUUAUUUCCCCUUCCUUUGGCUUCAGUUGAUCUGAUCUCUUCAGGGACACCCAGACUUUCCAGCAUCACGCCUCCGAGUUUUCCAGCCUCUGCAAUGUGUCGUGUGUGCGUGCGUGUGUGUGUGUGUGCGCGUGCGGUUUUUAAUUUCAUUCAAGACUCUGUUCCCAUUUGUGAAUCAAAGCUGGUAGCGCGGGGGGAGGCGGGCAGCUGCCUCCCCAGCCCUACACAAGAGCACA